AUGUUUGCUCCAAAGUUGCUACUCAAGUCUCCUCGGUUAGCUUCCUUUUUAAAGAUAUCUAAAGCCACCAUGUCCACAUCUUCGAUCUUAUCUGCAAAGGGUAUCACUUUCUCCUCAGAAACCCCUGGGCCUAUCGAAAUUUCCAUUGCUGAAAAAAUUUCCGAGAAACUUAAUCCUGAAUCAUUAGUUAUUUUCAAUGAUUCACACAAACAUGCUGGCCAUCAUGGUCUUAGAGGGGCCUCCAAUACCACUGAGUCACAUUUUAGAUUGGAAGUCAUUUCCGGUGCGUUUGCUCCUUACAAGACUCAACCAAACCGUCAUAGAUUGAUCUACAACAUUUUGGAUGAUGAGCUCAAGACUAAGGGAGUCCAUGCCUUGCAAUUGAAAACUAAGACCCCAGAAGAGAUUGCCAAGCUUCAAAAAACCCUUGGAUAA